UCUGUCGCCUCAGAUCCCUACUGCAUCCGGUGAUGGAUUCCACAUUCUGACCCCAUGUUUCCCUCUCAGAACGAACCACAGCACUGGUUUGUUGUCCAUCAUGUUCAACGACACCAGGAAACCUGUGCAGGAGAGUUUUUAAAUGUGGAAAAGCUGUCAUACUGGGGUAGUUCCACUGUCUCAUCCCUAGAAAUCUGGGUCCGGUGGUACAAACAGUCAUCACAACUGGGGUCUUGCAGUGGAUGACCAUAAGUUCUGUGCUUUCUCAUACCCCCUCCCUUCACAAACUGUUGCAGAACUUCCUUCCUGGCCAUCCAUCCAGUCCACUGAAGCUGCCUUCACAUGCUAGGAUAGGUAUAACUUCCUGAUUCCAUCCCCCUAUCUAUUCACCCGGGACUGUUGGGGAUGGGAUUGGGAGCUGGGGAUUGAGCUGUCCAGGAUGAUCUCCUGUACUCAUCUUACAUCUGUCCAUCCCGUGUCCAGAACACACAUCAAAGUUCAGAACAUGACUGGGAACUGUGACCUCACCCUGACCUGCUCCGUGACCUCAGGCAGCCCCACCAGCUUCAGCUGGUGGAGGGGAGGAGAAGCUGUGGGAAAUGACGACACCCAUCACCUCUGGGAACACAAUCAGACUGUAUCGAUUCAUCAUACCGGAAAGGUCAACGAUGCGAACUACAGGUGUGAGGUCAGGAACCCCAUCAGUCAGGACACAGCAAAUAUCUGGCUGAGGGACUUAUGUAAUAUAACCACAAAAGAAUCAUCAAGAUUAACAAUGAUUGAAAUAAUUAUUAUUUCAAGAAGUGUGGCUGGUAUAUUUAUCGUUGUUCUCCUUAUUUGGCUUGCCUAUUUCAUUCCCAGAAAAGCAACACCAGGUCAAAUGCCUCGAGUCACCGGAGGUUCACAGUCAAGAGGAGACGAUGGCGGUUACUCCUACUGUGUAUGAUACUGUCAAGGCUCCUAGGUCCCCUCCAAUGACCCAUCUGUUGUGAACCAGGAAUCAUCCGUCCUCCACGGAUGUGAUCCGUGUUCUAUAACCAUGUAACAUAUAACAAUUACAGCAUGGAAACAGGCCAUUUUGGACCUUCUAGUCCAUGCUGAACACUUACUCUUACCUAGUCCCACUGACCUGCACUCAGCCCAUAACCCGCCUUCCUUUCCUGUUCAUAUACCUGUCCAAUUUUACUUUCAAUGACAAUACCGAACCUGAUCUACCAUUUCUACUGCAAGCUCGUUCCACACAGCUACCACUCCCUGAAUAAAGAAAUUCCCCUUCAUGUUACCCCUAAACUUUGGCCCCCUAACUCAUGUCCUCUUGUUUGAAUCUCCCAUACUUCCCUUCAAACUUCUACGCUCCAAAGAAUAAAGGCCAAACUUGUUCAACCUUUCCCUGUAACUUAGGUGCUGAAACCCAGGUUUCUACAGCUGCUAUCGUGAGUGCUAGGGUGUUAAAUCAUGGUGGGGAUGGUGGGAGGGGCAGAUAUGGCAAUGGGUUUCUCUUGUGGCCCAGGCAGUGCCCCUGUGAGGGUAGGUGUGGGUGGGGUAGGUAGAACAUGUAUAUCGGGUAACUUGCCCACCCCAUCCUUCACCCUUCCUGUUCAUACAGCUCACCGAGUACCAUCUGUACCAAACCCAUUCACCAACACCUGCUCCGUAGCCUCUGUGCUUUGACUAUUCGAGUGUUCACCAGAUACUUUCAAAUCUUGUGAGAGAACUGUGUUUCAGGUUGCAAACUUGCUUUCCCGAGAUCCCCUCAAAUGCCUCUACUCCUCAGAUUAAACCUAUGCCCUCUGGUACCGGAUGCCUCCAUUAUCUGCCCUUCACUAACUCAAGUUCAAGUUUAUUGUCAUCUGACUGUUUUUAUUUACAACCAAAUAAAACAAUAUUCCUCUGGA